GAUAAAUAAUGCUAAUGGCCCAAAUAAGGAAACAGUCUCUGCGCUCUCUCUCUCGACUCUGAUCAGCGAGAACCUCACGGAUUGGUUCUACGUUGUCAUGAAUGAAACGUACCCGAUUGCUAUGCCUCGAAGACUGGUUCCUAAUUCCCUAAUAUUGAAAAAUAAAGGCCACAUUAAAUUUGAGGAAAAUUCUCCUCAUCACUCUUCAAUUCCUUAAGUUUCGUUUUCUGAUAUGGACAUGUGUUUUUGGUUCUUGACAUAAAGUUAUGUGCAGAGAAUGCGUUUUAUUUGAAUCUCUGGUUCUUUUGGACGAUUUGAUCGAGUUUAGGACGUGAAAAAUUUAUCAACUCAAGUGGCAAUGGUAGCCUCACUAGAGAAAUUUCUCUUCGGAUUCUUGAUGAUGUCCAUCACAUUGUGGAUGGUUUUCAUAUUUGCUUCUAGGUUGCUGGCUUGGAUUUUAAGCAGGACUAUUGGAGCAUCUGUUGGAUUUCGGGUUGGUGGAUGGAAAUGUUUAAGAGAUGUUGUAGUCAAGUUCAAAAAGGGUUCUGUUGAAUCUAUAUCAAUUGGUGAACUUAGACUUGGCAUACGGCAAUCCUUGGUAAAACUUGGGGUUGAUUUCAUUUCUAGGGAUCCAAAGCUACAAGUGCUUAUAUGUGACUUUGAAGUUGUAAUGAGGUCUUCUAGCAAAGGCACUCAUAAAACUAAAACUCGAAAAGUCCGAACCCGCACUUCAAGCCAGGGAAAGUGGACGAUGUUAGCUAACAUAGCAAGAUUUUUGUCAGUUUCUAUUACAAAUUUGGUUUUAAAGAUGCCCAAAGCUAUGGUUGAAGUUAAGGGAUUGAGAUUGGACAUAACCAAAGAUGGUGGAAAUGGAUCCAAGCUAAAUCUAUUCGUUAAGCUACACAUAUUACCUAUUGCCAUUCGCAUGGGUGAACCAUGUGUCAGUUGUGACCAAUCAUCUAACUCUGAUGGCGGAGGAUGCAUUUUUACAGGCGAGACAUCAUUUGGUUGUGAAGAGUUUUCUCUCUCUUGUGAAUUUGGUUUGGAUAGGGAAGUUGGUGUAAUUAUCCACAAUUUGGACAUUGCCUGUGGUGAGGUCAUUGUGAACCUGAAUGAGAAGGUGCUUUUAAAAAGGAAGACUUCAGAUGCUUCUUCUCUGACAGAUAAAGCAGUAGUAAAUUCUGCUGUUGUUAAAGAUUCACAGAGAAAACAAUCAGCAAUUGUGGCAAUUAUUAAGUAUACUUCUAUGAUUCCUCAAAAGGUUAGCUUCACUUUACCAAAACUGGAUGUGAAGUUUGUUCAUCAGGAACAUGAUCUUGUCUUUGAGAAUAAUAUCAUGGGCAUUCAAUUAAAGAGCAUCAAAUCCCGAUGCACUGAAGAUAUGGGGGAGAGUACUCGCCUUGAUGUUCAGAUGGAUUUUAGUGAGAUACAUCCAACCCCACCAAUUAAAGCUGAAAUAGAUGUUAAGCUGGGAGGUACUAAGUGCAAAAUUAUGAUGAGUAGAUUAAAGCCAUUGUUGCAACUCCAUUACUCAAAAAAGAAAAAAAUGGUACUUCGAGAGGAAAUUUCUACUCCUGUAAAGCCACAAUCAACUGCAUCCAAAGCCAUCACGUGGACAUGUACUGUCUCAGUUCCGGAGAUGACAUUUGUUCUUUAUGGUAUCAAUGGGUUGCCUCUGUAUCAUUUAUGCUUGCAAUCAUCACAUGUUUUCACGAAUAACGUAUCAAGCAUGGGCACUGCAGUACAUUUGGAACUUGGUGAACUAAACUUCCACAAGGCAGAUGAAUAUCAAGAAGGCUUGAAAAAAAGCCCAUUUGUUGUUGAAUCAAAUUCAGGUGCAUUAGUUCAUAUAGUGAGGGUUAGUUUGGAUUGGGGCAAAAAGAAUCUUGAAUCAUCUGAAGAGGAUAGUGCUAGAUGUAAAUUAGUUCUCUCUAUUGAUGUGAUUGGCAUGGGUGUUUAUUUUAACUUCAAACGCAUACAAUCACUUAUAGUAACUGCUAUAUCCGUUCAAUCUCUCCUGAAAAGUCUAUCUGGUUCUGGUAAAAAAACAAGUCAGAGCCAAGGUGGGCGAUCAUCUAAACCAUCAGGGAAAGGGAAUCAAUUUUUGAAAUUUAAUUUGGAACAGUGUUCUCUAAGUUUUUGUGAUGAAACAAGUUUGGACAAUGCAGUUGUUGCUGAUCCAAAGCGUGUCAAUUACGGAUCACAAGGUGGUCGAGUUGUAAUUAGUGUCUCAGAUGAUGGCACACCACGUACUGCAAGUGUGAUAGCCACAGUUUCUGAUGAUUGCAAGAAGUUGAAGUAUUCUCUUUCUCUUGACAUAUACCAUUUCACUUUGUGUGUGAACAAGGAGAACCAAUCUACAGAAGUGGAGCUUGAAAGAGCAAUGUCAAUUUAUCAGGAACAUUUGGAGGAACAUAGAGCUGAUGCAAAAGUAACGUUGUUUGACAUGCAGAACACAAAAUUUGUACGGCGUUCUGGUGGCCGUAAAGGGAUUGCUAUUUGCUCUCUUUUCAGUGCUACUGAAAUUACAGUCAGGUGGGAGCCUGAUGCACAUUUAUCAUUGAUUGAACUUGUUCUGCAACUGAAAUUACUGGUACACAAUCAAAAGGUUCAGGAACAAGGUAACGAAAGUAUGGAAGAAGCCUCUAGCAUGAGAGACACUGAACAAAAGAAAUCUGCCUCUUUGGAAUCAGGAAAUGUUGAUAGGCCUAAGAAAAAGGAAAACAUUUUUGCUGUUGAUGUGGAAAUGCUGAAUAUAUCAGCUAGGGCUGGAGAUGGGGUUGAUGCAAUGGUGCAGGUUCAAUCAAUUUUUUCAGAAAAUGCCCGUAUAGGAGUACUUCUUGAAGGACUUAUCCUCAGUUUUAAUGGGGCCAGAGUGUUCAAAAGUGGUAGAAUGCAAAUUUCUCGAAUACCUAGAGCUUCGAGCAGUUUAUCUGAUGCAAAAUUGCCUGCAGCUAUCACAUGGGAUUGGGUGAUUCAAGGGCUUGAUGUUCAUAUUAGCAUGCCAUACAGGUUGGAGUUGCGUGCCAUUGAUGAUUCGGUUGAAGAUAUGUUGCGGGCUUUAAAGCUUGUAACUGCUGCUAAAACUCAACUUAUAUUUCCCAUGAAGAAAGAAAACUCAAAGCCCAAAAAGUCUAGUUCAACAAAAUUUGGAUGUGUAAGGUUUUGUAUAAGCAAACUAAUUGCUGAUAUUGAGGAAGAACCAAUGCAGGGUUGGCUUGAUGAGCACUACCGGCUGAUGAAGAAUGAGGCUGGUGAGCUGGCUGUCAGGCUAAAGUUUCUUGAUGAAUUUAUUUCUGAAGUUAAUAAUUGUCCUAAAACUGCUGAAACAAAUGAUUGCACCAUUGAAAGAAAGGUUAAUUAUAAUGGGGUUCAGAUUGAUGUACAAGAUCCUUUGGCUAUUCUGAAAUUGCAAGAAGAAAUUUACAAACAAUCAUUUAGAUCAUAUUACCAGGCAUGCCAGAGGUUAGUACCUGCUGAAGGUUCAGGUGCCUGUAGGGAGGGGUUUCAGUCUGGUUUUAAGCCUAGCACAUCAAGAACUUCUCUUCUUUCCAUUUCUGCUACAGAGUUGGAUGUAAGCUUGACGAGAAUUGAUGGUGGAGAAGAUGGGAUGAUAGAGGUUCUGAAAAAGCUUGAUCCUGUCUGUCGUGAAGCGGACAUACCAUUUUCUCGACUCUAUGGGAGUAACAUUUUAUUGCGUACUGGCACUCUUAUUGCUCAGAUAAGAAAUUAUGCAUUACCUCUUUUUGCAGCUGCCACUGGUAAAUGUGAAGGUCGUGUUGUGCUGGCACAGCAGGCAACCUGCUUUCAGCCCCAAAUUUACCAAGAUGUCUACAUUGGGAGGUGGAGAAAGGUGUGCUUGCUCCGUUCAGCUUCCGGCACAACUCCUCCAACAAAAUCAUACUUCGAUUUGCCUAUAUAUUUUCAGAAAGGUGAAGUAUCAUUUGGAGUUGGCUAUGAACCAUCUUUUGCUGAUGUGAGUUAUGCUUUUACAGUUGCUCUCCGUAGGGCUAAUCUAAGUGUCAGAAAUCCUGGUCCACUAGUUCAACCACCAAAAAAAGAGCGCAGUUUACCAUGGUGGGAUGAUAUGAGAAAUUACAUUCAUGGAAAUAUCACCUUAGUCUUCUCUGAAACUAGAUGGCAUAUUCUUGGAACAUCUGAUCCUUAUGAAAGCCUUGACAAGCUUCAAAUUACAUCUGAUUCCAUGGAGAUCCAGCAGUCAGAUGGUCGUAUUUAUAUGUCUGCAAAACACUUUAAGUUUUUCUUGAGCAGUUUGGAGAGUUUGGCAAAUAACUGUGGCGUAAAACUUCCUAGUGAUGUAUAUGGUACUUUCCUUGAAGCUCCAGUCUUUAUUCUUGAAGUCACAAUGGACUGGGAUUGUGAUUCUGGUACUCCACUGAAUCAUUAUCUAUUCGCACUCCCUAGUGAAGGGAAACCUCGUGAAAAAGUUUUUGAUCCGUUCAGAUCUACAUCUCUCUCACUCCAGUGGAAUUUCUCUCUAAGACCCUUUAUUCCAUCAUGUGAGAAUCAAUCCUCUUCUUCCUCCAUGGGUGGUAGCACUGUUGUAGAUGGAAGUGUCUAUAAUCCAACUCACAAGCCUGAAAAUGUUUCAAUUGAUCCAACAACAUUGAAUGUUGGUGCUCAUGAUUUUGCAUGGUUAAGAAAGUUUUGUUAUUUGAAUUAUCUUCCUCCUCACAAAUUACGUUUUUUCUCCCGAUGGCCUCGUUUUGGAGUUCCCAGAAUUCCCAGAUCAGGCAAUUUGUCAUUGGACAGAGUGAUGACAGAAUUCUUCCUUCGUUUAGAUGCUUCACCCAUUCGUAUAAAACAUAUGCCAUUAGAUGAUGAUGAUCCAGCAAAAGGAUUUACCUUUAAUAUGUCAAAGUUGAAAUGUGAAAUCUGUUUCAGUCGGGGUAAGCAAAAGUACACUUUCGAAUGCAAGAGAGACACUCUUGAUCUUGUUUACCAGGGCGUGGACAUUCACAUGCCUAAGGUUAUCUUAGAUAGAGAAGAUUCUACCAGUGUUGCAAAAGUAGUUCAAAUGACAAGGAAAAAUUGCCAGCCUUCAACUGUGGAUAGAAUUCCUAGUGAAAAACACAAUAAUAUCAGUGGUUGCACUGAGAAGCACCGAGAUGAUGGAUUUAUUUUAUCAUGUGAUUAUUUUACAAUCAGAAGGCAGGCACCGAAAGCUGACCCUGCAAGACUAUUGCCAUGGCAAGAGGCUGGAAGAAAAAAUCUUGAGAUGAAAUGUGUGAGGUCUAAGUUUGAAAAUGGGAGUGAGAGUGAUGAUCACACACAAUCUGACCCAAGCGAUGAUGAUGGAUACAAUGUGGUAAUUGCUGACAAUUGUCAGCGAGUUUUUGUUUAUGGUCUCAAGAUUUUAUGGAAUAUUGAGAAUAGGGAUGCUGUUUGCUCUUGGGUUAAUGGAUUAUCCAAAGCACUUGCACCACCCAAGCCAUCUCCUUCUCGGCAGUAUGCACAGAGGAAAUUACUCGAGGAGAACCAGUCACCUGCAGAAACUGAAGUGAAUCAAGAUAAUAUAUCUAAACCCCCUUCUACCAGCUAUAAUGCUGAUUCUCCUUCUCAACAUGCUGAGACUUCAGGAUCUCUCUUAUCUCCAUCACAUUCAGCUAAAAUAGAGAAUUCAUCUUCAGCAGCUGCAACAAAUGGAAGCAUAGAUGAUUCUGAAGAGGAAGGGACUCGCCAUUUCAUGGUGAAUGUUAUUGAGCCACAAUUCAAUCUGCAUUCAGAAGAAGCUAAUGGUAGAUUCCUACUUGCUGCUGUUAGUGGUCGCGUUUUAGCCCGAUCAUUUCAUUCUAUCUUCCAAGUUGGACAUGAGAUGAUUGAAGAAGCACUGAGCAGUGGAGAUGUACAACUUCCUGAAUCUGUACCUGAAAUGACAUGGAAGCGCAUGGAGUUCUCUGUUAUGUUGGAGCAUGUGCAGGCUCAUGUUGCACCAACUGAUGUGGAUCCUGGCGCUGGACUGCAGUGGCUUCCAAAAAUUCGAAGAAGCUCCCCUAAAGUAAAGCGUACUGGUGCUCUACUUGAAAGAGUGUUUAUGCCCUGUGAUAUGUACUUUCGUUAUACAAGACACAAAGGCGGGACUCCAGACCUGAAGGUGAAGCCUCUAAAGGAGCUCACUUUCAAUACUCAUAAUAUAACAGCAACAAUGACAUCUCGACAGUUUCAGGUUAUGCUGGAUGUGUUGACAAAUCUCCUCUUUGCACGGCUUCCAAAGCCUAGAAAGAGUAGUCUGUCAUUUCUGGCUGAAGCAGAUGAAGAUGUUGAAGAGGAGGCAGAUGAAAUGGUGCCUGAUGGUGUGGAAGAGGUAGAACUUGCUAAAAUCGACCUUGAACAAAAAGAAAGGGAGAAGAAGUUGCUUCUUGAUGACAUCAGGAGAUUGUCUCUUAAUGGUGAUACUUCUGGAGACCUACUUGCAAGAAAGGAAGGAAAUUUGUGGAUGAUCACUGGUGGAAGAUCCGAUCUGGUCCAAGGGCUGAAUAGAGAGCUUGUAAAUGCAAAAAAGUCUAGGAAGGCAGCAUCUGCAUCCUUAAGGACGGCUUUGCAGAAAGCUGCCCAGCUACGUCUGAUGGAGAAGGAGAAGAACAAAAGUCCAUCCUGUGCAAUGCGGAUAUCUUUGCAAAUCAACCAAGUUGUUUGGAGCAUGCUUCUAGAUGGUAAAUCUUUUGCCGAGGCUGAGAUAAAUGACAUGAUUUUUGAUUUUGACCGGGAUUACAAGGAUGUUGGUGUUGCUCUAUUUACAACAAAAUACUUUGUUUUGAGAAACUGCUUGCCUAAUGCCAAGUCAGAUAUGAUUCUCUCAGCAUGGAAUCCUCCAUCAGAUUGGGGAAAAAAAGUCAUGCUUCGUGUGGAUGCAAAGCAAGGAAUUCCAAGGGAUGGAAAUUCUCAUAUUGAACUUCUCCAAGUAGAGAUUUAUCCCCUUAAGAUUCACUUGGCAGAGACAAUGUACAGGAUGAUGUGGGGGUAUUUCUUCCCAGGAGAAGAACAAGAAUCACAAAGGCGACAGGAAGUUUGGAAAGUUUCAACAACUGUUGGUGCAAGACGUGUAAAGAAAGGCUCAUCAAUCCAUGAAGCUUCUUCAUCACAUAGCCAUGCAAGAAAAGGGUCUGAUGUCACAUCUGCACUCAUUACUGGCUUGGGCCCAGAGUUGAGAAGAACAUCUUCUUUUGACAGAACGUGGGAGGAGACACUUGCAGAGUCUGUUGCUACUGAACUUGUCUUGCAGGCUCAUUCAUCCAGUAUUUCUUCUUCAAAAGCCGACCCAAUUGGUUUUAAUGAACAACCAGAUGAAUCCUCUAAAAGUAAAUCAAAAGAAGCCAAGCCCAUAAAGUCCAGUCGUUCAACUAAUGAAGAAAAAAAGAUUGGAAAGUCAAAUGAGAUUGGAAAGUCAAAUGAAGAGAAGAGAUCCCGGCCUCAAAAAGUCAUAGAGUUCCACAAUAUUAAGAUAAGUCAGGUUGAGCUUCAGAUUACUUAUGAAAGCUCAAGAUUUAAUCUGCAUGAGCUUAAGUUGCUGAUGGAUACAUUCCACCGUGUUGAGUUCACUGGGACUUGGAGGAGGCUGUUCUCACGAGUAAAGAAGCAUGUUGUUUGGGGAACCCUGAAGUCUGUGACAGGAAUGCAGGGUAAGAAAUUCAAAGAUAAAGGACAUACUCAACGGGAAUCCAGUGGAGCUGCCAUCCCUGAUAAUAUUGAGCUUAAUUUUAAUGAUGAUGGUCAACUACGGAAAGCUGACCAGUAUCCGAACUGGCUUAAGCGUCCAAGUGAUGGAGCAGGUGAUGGAUUUGUAACUUCUGUGAGAGGUCUUUUCAAUACUCAACGCCGCAAAGCCAAGGCAUUUGUGCUGCGAACUAUGAGGGGUGAAGCAGAUAAUGAUUUUCAGGGUGAGUGGAGUGAAGGUGAAGCUGAGUUCUCUCCCUUUGCUAGGCAACUAACAAUAACAAAAGCUAAGAAACUUAUCAGGCGGCACACAAAGAAAUUCCGCUCAGGAGGACAGAACGGUUCAUCCUCUCUAGAAAGUGAAUCACUUCCAUUGUCUCCAAGGGAAGGCACCCCAUUUGAACUAUAUGAAAGUGAUUCUUCUAGUGAAUCUUCACCAUAUGAGGAUUUUCAUGAGCAACUUGAACUCCAGUCGCUUAAAGGAGACAUAUAAAGGCUUUUAGACAUUAUGCAUAUUGGCUCAUUCAAUCAGGGGAAUUUGCUUCUUGGCCACUAACUAUUUUAGAAACUUGGAAGACCUAAAAUGAGACUUAAAAUGUGCCAAGUCACCUUAUAACAAGAGCGUAUGCAGCAUUUUUACACGUUGGUAACAUAUGGUUCAAGACAUGAGUAUGCUUUCAAGAAUCAUCAACAUAACCGUAAUGAAACCACUCCAUAAGGCCCCUAGCGGCCUUUUGGGUGGGUAAUCCUUUCGGUGUCACAGUUAUGUUUAAUUUUGUAGCCAAUUUAGCUUUUGAGUAGAUAUACGAUUUCCUUAUACAAGUUUCAAUAAUCUCACAAAUUUGUAUAUAUUUUGAAUAAAUAAUGGAGAAUAAAAGAACGAAAAAUCAUCUUUCAAACUUGAAAA